AUGGCCAACGACGGGCAGAAAGAAAAAAUUGGAGGCGACAUCCUAAAUGGGAGUGGUAAAAACGCCGAGCCUAACGUAGAGAAAGACAACUGCAAUGAAAAACCUCGGAAUAAGAAUCCCAGAGAGAAAGACAUCGGCCAAGAGGGAGAUGUACCGAAGAAAGCAUGUCAGGGCGGGUAUUACAAUGAAAGCGACCUCCAGUCGUUGAGGGUAGACUCCUUGAUGGCUUUAAGAAUUGGCGAGGGUGAAAGCUUCAAGGCUUAUGCCAAGAGGUAUUAUGAGGUGUUUAACCGAAUGCCAAGGUGCAACCAAGAGGUGGUGGUCAUGUCUUUUAAGAACUACCUGAACGAUGGUUGUCUGCUUCGAAAAUCACUAGCAAAGACACUGCAAAAAAGUAUGAAGGAACUCAUAGCCAGAAUCAAGAAAUAUGCGAGAGCGGAGGAAGACAUGCCAGGGACAAAGGCGUCAAACCAAGAGAAGAGGAACGGCUCUCCGAAGCGAGGCCGAGGAAGAAGCCUUGGGAAGCACUAUGCCUACCACAAUGAGGACGGGCAUCUAACUCAAGGGUGCAGAGGCCUGAAGACACAUCUAGAAGACCUUAUGAGACAAGGUCACUUAAAGGACCUGGUAGAUGAGGCCAGAACAAGGGAAGAACAAGCAAGGCUGCCCCAUGCACCGGCAGCACCACCUCCACCAGCACCACAACCGCCUACAGACGGACCUCGAGUGAUCAAUGUAAUUCACUCAAAGGUCAAUGAAAACAAGGUACAUGGGGAGACUCAGAGGGUGAGACACUUACAGCAUGUGAAUCAGGUCCAACAAAAAAAUCCUAGGGCAGACGAGUGUCAAGGACCAAUGGUGUCCUCCACUGAAGCCAACCAAGACAUGGUGCAGCAUCCACACAACAAUGCUCUGGUGAUAUCCUUGAAAAUUGGAGAAUGUCAAGGAAUUGAGGAGAUCAGAGGAGAUCAGGUGUAG